AUGGCGGAUGAGGACCUGCUGCGGAAGAUCCACGGUCUCGGCGACCUGGAUCUGGCAGCGCUGCUAUGCCUUAUAAACCGCGAGCAUUGCAUCAUCAGCACCGAGCCCGAGGCUCUGGACGACCUCGUCGAUGAGUUGCAGCUAGUAGCCACCGAGACCUUCAACCUCAAACCCACCGUCGUCUCCCUGGGGCCCCAAUCAACCCUCGACGACUUCGCAGCCUCCAUCCUGCUCCCGACACCCGCAUCGCGCUCCAGCUCGCCCCUGAGGACGCGCACCCCCGUGUCCGACUCCUACUUCCACCCGAGCCACGCGUCCCUGCACCCCGGCAGCGGCGGCGGCACCAACACCCACCACCGGACGCUGUCGCCGCUGACGCAGCUGUCCCCGGGCAGCGCCGCCACGCCGGGCGGCCAGAGCAGCGCCUACGUGCCGGCGCCGCAGAUCGCCAAUGUCGUACUGGCGCGGGACCUGGACAAGGCGCCCAAGGCCGUGCAAAUCCAGGCUCUGGAGCUACUGCGCACGCGGCGCAUCUUUACGCGCACCAGUGUCCAGACCGCGCCCAAGCAGUUUCUGUUCGUCGCCGUGCUCGGCGCCCCCAGCGGCGGCGACGCGCGCCUGACCCAGCACCUCAACGACUUCUUCUACGUCGCCCACUGGCACGACCCGCUCGACGGCUUCGCGCACCUGGAGGAACGGGAGGCCGCCCUGCAGGAGGAUGAUGACGACGCCAGCCUCAACGCCGACGCAGAUGUUGACACCGAUAGCUUGCGCAGCGACCGGAGCGUCGUGCGUCGUCCCAGCCGGACCAGCCGCGCGAGCACGCCGGGGAACGAGCUCCUGACUCCGGGCUCGGCAGCCGGCCGGGGUAUUACUUCGUACGAGGGCGGGGCCGCCGAGCCCGUCAUCACCGAGGCCGACAUCACGACCGUGUCGCUGGCCUCGUGCUCCGUCAGCGUCGACGUGGACGUGCUGCGCUACCAGAUGAACCUGGUGUCGUUCCUGCGCAUGCACCACGCCGUCGGGGGCGGCGUGGGCCCCGUCGCCACGCAGCACCUGGACGCCCUGGUCCGCAGCAUGGCCGUGCUGCACGGGCUCGACUACGCCACGCCGGCCCUCGUCGCGCUGGCCCUGCGCAAGGUCUACCUGCACCGCAUCCGCAUCAUCCGGGACCCGGCCGUGGAGAGGAGCGUGCAGUGGGGCAGCGACGUGGCCGCCGUGGAGCGGAUGCUCGAGGGCGUGGGGCCCGAGGAGGUCAUGGACGACGUUCUCGAGAUGGUCGAUGUGCCGCUGUAA